UGCACUGCGAAGCAGUUGCGGUGCGUGAAACAAGUCCGGCGGGGGACGAACGUUUUCACAACUGAACUUUGUGCCUCUCUCUUCUCGUAUUUCCCGAAACAGAGACGCUUUUUGGAUUCUUCAAUGAGCUCGUCUAGGCACUUGUAGCGGCGGCGAGGAGGGAAGACGGGACUGGGGGAGCACUACAGGAAAACUACCUGAGUUUUCUCUUCCAGUCGUGAUUCAAAAUGAAAUUCUGGAUUUGUGUACUCGCUGUCAGCUGGGCAGUAGAAGCAACACUCGGGGGGACGACAGGGGAACCGUGUAAUGGGUUGGACUGUAGUGGGGGAUGCAAUUGUAAUCCAGAGAAAGGCAGCAGGGGGCGUCCAGGGGCCUUGGGGCCAGUAGGACCCAGUGGACCAGAGGGCUUCCCAGGUGACCAAGGGCCUUCAGGGCCCAAAGGAGAAAAGGGUCACGUCGGACUCGGGGGCCCCUCUGGGCUGAAAGGAGAAAAGGGGCCUAUGGGCGUACCAGGGUUCCCAGGAACCGACGGAGUCCCAGGUCACCCAGGUGCGGACGGUGGCAGGGGUCUACCGGGAGCAGAUGGGUGCAACGGUACCCAGGGAGAACCAGGUCCCAGAACUCUAAACAGUGGAAUACCUGGAGCUCCAGGACUCUCUGGUCCCACUGGUCCUAAAGGACAGAAGGGAGAGCCUGUAUACGUUGGACUCAGUGGGGGAGUUCCUGGACCGGAUGGUGUACCUGGUCCUAAAGGUCCAGACGGAGGUCCCGGUGACUUCGGCCCUCGAGGUCCUGAUGGAUUCCUGGGUGCUCCAGGCCCCCCCGGUCCCCCUGGCCCUGUAGGGAGCCCCAGUCUAGGGUUUCAGGGGGAGCCAGGAGACAAGGGCGAUGUGGGCCCGCAGGGAGACCCAGGCAGGCCCUUGGUCAAUGGAGUGGUGGAGUUUGUGGGCUUUCCUAAAGGAGACAAAGGACCUAAGGGGGAAGGGGGUUACAAAGGAGUGCGUGGACCAACUGGUAGACCCGGCCCACCUGGUCCUUUCGGCUUUCCUGGCGAGGUGGGAGAGAGUGGAAUUUUGGGGUAUCCAGGGGGACGGGGUCCUCCUGGUUUUAACGGGCCUCCCGGAUCUCCAGGAAGACAGGGAUUCACAGGAAGUCCAGGGUUCCCCGGCCAACCAGGCUACAGAGGACCUAAGGGAGACCAGGGAGAACAGGGGCCUCCCGGACCCCCGAUCUACACUGACGCACAAGGGAUGUCUGUUCAAGGAGCACCAGGUGACAACGGCUUCGACGGCCUCCCUGGCCAACCAGGGGACGCGGGAGCUCCAGGGUUUCCAGGACAACCAGGACGACCAGGCGACUCCUUCGGCGAUGGUCGCGGAAGCAGCCCAGGGUUCCCUGGUACACCGGGGCCUAAGGGAGAGAGGGGUAACCCAGGCAGACAGAGCUAUGGUCCUGAGGGCCAACCAGGAGGACAAGGCUUACCAGGAACCCCUGGACCACCCGGACCACCAGGCAGAUCUGUAGCCAACAUCCAAACCGACUUGUUCGACAAUCUGCCAGGACGACCAGGAGCCCAGGGACCACCUGGAGCCAGUGGAUAUAAGGGACCCAAAGGGGAGCUGGGUGACUGUAACUGCCUGGGAGAAGGCACCUCGGGUGGAGUGGGGCCACCGGGUGCUCCUGGGUCUGAUGGAAGACCUGGGGGGUUUGGACGUAAAGGCGAGAGCGGAGACCCUGGCAUACCCGGUUUCGGAGGACAACCAGGAACACCUGGUCGUGCGGGUGAGAGGGGUUUCUUUGGGCGUAAAGGAGAGAAGGGGGCCUCCUUCUACCCGUCGUUCAGCCGGGGGAUCAAGGGUGAACUGGGGGCCCUGGGUCCUCAGGGCCCCCCUGGAGACAUGGGCCGACCCGGGAGAGAUGGACUGCCUGGGUUCCCUGGACAGCCUGGGCCUCCUGCUGAUGUUGAUGGCUACGGAACCGUCGGAGAGAGAGGUUUCCCAGGGUUCUCGGGGGCCAAAGGUCGCGUGGGUGAACCAGGAGAGAAUGGGAUUGGCUACCAGGGUACCGUCGGUACCCGCGGGUUGCCAGGCGACCCGGGCUUCACCGGGUUACCAGGGCAACCUGGUUUACCUGGCCCGCCAGGUGACAGCUGUGGGCAGGAGGGGGUUAAUGACGCAGAGGGAGGGUUGACGGUCCCUUGUCGUCUACCUGGCGAGGACGGAGAACCCGGCUACCCAGGAAUACCUGGAAGAACAGGUCCCAAGGGCGAGCCAGGUUUCCCAGGGGGUCCCGGUCGGCCCGGCUUUGAUGGAGGGAAGGGAGAGAGGGGAGACCCUGGCUUCGGAGGUCAGCCUGGACCACAAGGUUUCCCUGGCCCCAGAGGAGAUGCGGGCGUCCCAGGUGUCCCAGGCGAGGGCCGUCCAGGGGCCCCAGGGAAAAACGGGUUCCUGGGGAGGCCGGGGGAAAAGGGGCAGCCGGGGGAGGUUCUGGGGGCCUCAACAGGUCUCCCUGGAUCACCUGGGUUUCCCGGAGGACCAGGAGACAAGGGAGAGCGAGGAGCAUCGGGACCACCUGGAGGACCAGGUUUUGACGGGCGGUCCGGUGUUCCCGGCGCUAAGGGUGAGCGUGGUACCGAAGGCUACCCCGGAACUCCAGGUCUUCCUGGACUUCCCGGAGAGGGCAGACCGGGUGGAUUUCCCGGUCCUGCCGGACCAGCCGGAAGCAGAGGAUUAACCGGACCUCCAGGCUGUCAAGGCUACCCCGGUGUGAAGGGAGCCAGAGGUGAUGCAGGCUUUCCAGGCCCAGCUGGGAUGAAGGGACAACCAGGAGAACCAGGACGCGAUGGCUCUCCAGGACUCAGGGGUCUUCCAGGACCACCGAGCCCCGGGGGAAGAGACGGCAUCCCUGGGGGACCAGGAAGAAAGGGCGAGAGCGGUUACCCCGGACUGGUGGGUUUCCCUGGAAUGCCAGGUAACCCUGGAAGACCUGGAGGUCCCGGAGGGAAAGGAGCUCCCGGAUUCUCAGGAAGAGACGGUCUGCCCGGAGAUUUCGGAGCACCGGGACCUAAAGGUGACAGAGGUAACGCUGGUCCACCCGGCGCACCCUCUCUGCCCGUCAGAGUUGAGUACAUUGAGAAGGGACAGAUGGGCGACAAUGGGGCCAACGGUCUACCCGGUUUCCCUGGACCUAGAGGUGACAAGGGUUUCCCAGGGCUGCCUGGUCGACAGGGUUUGCCCGGGCUGCCUGGUUAUGCUGACAGGGCUAAAGGAGAACAAGGACUUCCUGGUAUCCCCGGACGCCCAGCCGGGCCAGGCUACCCAGGGCCUAAAGGAUCUCCUGGUAUCAUCGGCUUCCCUGGCAUGCCUGGACCUAGGGGUGACGAUGGCGAACCUGGUUUCCCUGGAAACCCCGGAGUCCUUGGUCAGCCAGGUGCCAAAGGUGAGAGAGGUGACUCGUCCGGCUACCCCGGAGGUCCCGGAGCUAAAGGUGAGGCCGGAACCCCUGGUUACUCAGGCAACCCAGGUGCUAAAGGCGCCACCGGGGACAACGGUUUUGCAGGCGGCCCUGGGUUCAACGGACAGAAGGGAGCACCGGGAGAUCAAGGAAUACCCGGACAAAUGGGUACCCCUGGUUUCACCGGCGCUAAGGGUCUGAACGGAUACCCAGGAGGAAGAGGUCUAGACGGGACACCUGGCCGCCCCGGCUUCCCUGGAACACCUGGAGAGAAAGGUCUGCCGGGAUCUCCUGGUCUUGAUGGGCUCAACGGACUGGCCGGACCCAAGGGUCUACCAGGAACCCCAGGUUAUAGUGAGGGGGGUCGUCCCGGCACUCCUGGAGCAGCCGGUCUGAAGGGAGAGAGGGGCUCCUCCAUCCCAGGUGGACCUGGGUACAACGGAGAGAAGGGAGCUAGAGGAGAGUCAGGGGGUCCUGGUGUGACGGGCUUCCCAGGACUGCCUGGUCUUCGCGGGGAGACGAUAAUUUCUAAUAUCCCUGGACCACUGGGAGACCCUGGCCUGCCAGGAAUCGAUGGAGAAGAAGGUUACCGUGGUCCUCCAGGCCCCCCAGGCCCACCGGGGCCCGGUACAGCCCAAGGGGACAGAGGCGACUCUGGGCUCUCUGGCAUCCCUGGUACCCCUGGUAACCGUGGAGACCCUGGGGGUCCAGGUGGCCCAGGACGGGACGGAAACCCUGGAUUCAAAGGAGACAGAGGUGACUCUGGGUACAGUGGAGCAUCAGGACAAAUGGGCUUCCCUGGAGAUCCAGGAUACUACGGUGGGAAAGGACCCAAAGGAAGGAGAGGUGAUACUGGUCGUAAGGGACCCCAAGGUAUAACUUUCCCCAGGCCGGUCAUUCCGACACCCUAUGGAGACAUGGGAGACCCCGGGACCAACGGAACUCCAGGGUCCGUGGGAGAAGCAGGCAAUCCCGGCAUGCCAGGCAGGGGGGGUCCUAAAGGAAGGCCCGGCGCGGUAGGGAAGCUGGGGAGGAACGGCGGGUCAGGCCUGGACGGACCUCUGGGAGACUCUGGUCCUCCUGGUUUCCCUGGACCUACCGGGUCACAAGGUCUGCCCGGUAAGCCUGGACUGCAGGGUCCCCCAGGUAGUGUGGCGCGCAGCAGGAGUAUUGGCUACACUCUGGUGAAGCACAGUCAGAACAACCAGGUGCCCAUGUGUCCUCAGGGCAUGGCUCAGCUCUGGGAAGGAUACAGUCUGCUGUAUGUUGAGGGGCAGGAGAAGGCCCAUAACCAGGACCUUGGUAUGGCAGGCUCCUGCCUUCCCGGUUUCAGCACUGUCCCGUUCCUGUACUGCACGCCCAACGAGAUCUGCUACUACGCCAGCCGCAACGACAAGUCCUAUUGGCUGUCCACCACGGCACCCAUCCCCAUGAUGCCGGUGGGAGAGGAGGCUAUCAGCCAGUACAUCAGCAGGUGCUCCGUGUGCGAGGCCUACUCCCAGCCUGUAGCUGUCCACUCCCAGGACCUCACCAUCCCCACCUGCCCUGCCGGCUGGAGGUCCCUCUGGAUCGGGUACUCCUUUCUCAUGCACACUGCUGCCGGGGCUGAGGGCGGCGGCCAGUCCCUGUCCUCCCCAGGGUCCUGUCUGGAAGACUUCCGCGCCACGCCCUUCAUCGAGUGUAAUGGGGCCAAGGGCACCUGCCACUACUUUGCCAACAAGUACAGCUUCUGGCUGACCACGGUUGAGCCUAACCGGGAGUUCGACCCCCCUCCGAUGGACACGCUGAAGGGAGGCAACCAACGCAGCCGAGUCAGUCGCUGUCAAGUCUGCAGCAAGAUCUUGUAGCCGGGAGAAGAGACGAAGAUGGAGAGAUGGGAAAUGAAAAAGAGAGAGACUGAAACAACAAAGGAGAGGGUGAUGAUUACUUGGAAACGAGAGAGGUGGAGGUGGAGUAAUUGAAAUGCAAAAAAAAACUUUGACUGACUGAAUUUGAGCACCUCUCCUGCUUCAUCUAGGGGUCUCACUAGGAGGGUGAGGGGCUCCCGAAUUAGCCGACGAGGGCCCUUCUGUGGGUUUAUGAUGCCCUUGUAUUGAUGUAAGACAGAAAGGGAUGAAGAGAUGAGCAGUCCCGUUCUCAACUAGAUUAUUACCGACAGUGGUGCUAUACUGUGUGUUUUAUGUGUCUUCAUUUUGUUAUUUUCACGUUACUAUGGUUAUGUGUCUGAAAACAUUCACGGCUACCUCGGAGAGUGCAACCCCAAACCAUCCCUUUCGCCUGCACUGAACCGCUUUCACUUCCUGGGCUACAUCCCAAAUGGCCUAUAUAGUGCACUACCCAUAGGACUCUGGUCCAAAGUAGUGCAUUACAUAGGGAAUAUGAUGCUAUUUGGGAUGAAUACGAUCUCUACUGUUACAACUACAUGCAGUCAUGAACCUAAGAGACCUGCUACACAUACCUGUUAACUGCUAUAGCUAGCCAGCCGCUUUUUAUACUCAAACACACACACACACACGUAUGAUAUCGAUUAUGUCUGUGUAUGUGAAUGUAUUGCAGUAAUGCGAGUGCCUAUAAUUGGUAUAAAUCACAGGAGGCUGCUGAGGGGAGAACGGCUCACCACAAAGGCAUGAACGGAGCGAAUGGUGUGUCAUCAAAGACAUGGAAACCAAUGUGUUGCAUGCAUUUGAUAUCAUUCCACUUACUCAGCUCCAGCCAUUAUUAUGAGCCAGUCCUCCCCAAUGAAGGUGCCACCAACCUCCUGUGGUAUGAAUGGAGUCAGUCUUUUCAGUUUAGCUACAGCGAUGGAGGUUGAAGGUUCUAACCACCAACAUCACCCCCCCCCAAUUCACUGCUGGAACACAAGCCAUCAACACUGAACACACAUGAUUAUUGUGACCAUGUCAUCUCCUUUUAAGGAGCACUCCAUAAUUUGAGUUUCCACCUACAGUGAGACCCUAAUAGUGAAUAUGUGUCAUUUAACUGUCACUGUGUUAGACAGAUAACAUAGAAUUAAAGUAACUCAAUGGCAGUUCCAUGUUCCCAAGACCCAACCCUUUGUUUACAAAUGCAGUUGUUAGGGGGGGUUUCACACUUUGGGUGGAAACAGAUAUUGAAUAUUGCUACUUUAAACUCACCUCCUUCACUGACUGGAAUGGGUGACCAAGCCAAUCGUACAUUGCACCAAAUCAUGUUGGCUUUGUAAUUAUUUAGAACCAUCAUUUUCUCCAUGGUUUCACUCAGGUUAUCGAGGUGAGGAGAGUAACUAUAUUCGCUCUAUUUUUUGUGACCAAAUUUGGGUUUUAUAAAACCCUCCACCACCCAUACUUGAGCCAAAACAUACAAGUAGGCAGUAACUGCUUGGAAGGAAUCACAAACUAACAACAAACACACCACACACACAUUUUCCGUGACAAUAUUUGUUGUUGGACAGAAGCUCACCAUACAUUUUAUCAGAGCAAACGAUAAGGCCUACUGUGUUGCUGUAGUCCCUAUCUGCUCUCCUCAGUUGCUGUCAUGUCAAUGGAUGCGUUCCAGUGCGACUACAUUGCAGACGCCUGCGAGAUCUCAAAACACCUGGAUAGGUGAUUAAUAUAUCAGCUAACCACAUCAUAUGAUCUAGCAAUCUGACGCCAAUGCAACGCCUGCAAUGUAGGUGGCCUGGAACGCAGCCACUGAUGUUAAAAGUGCUGGGUGACUUAAGUUGUAACCACUAUGACCACUAUGUCUAACACAUAGGCCCAUCUCUCAUUGGUAGCCCUGAGUACAUCUUUUUCAAUUAGAUUUUUUCUCAUUUGUUGUUCUUUUGUCUGUAAUCUAGAUUGUAAUUCUUAUACUUCACUGUAAUUAUUCCCUGGUUCAAAGGUUAUUUACAAAUACAUUUUGGGGAAGAUGUUCUGUACAUUCGAUGAUAAAAACAAAAAAGUUUAGGAUAUGUUUUAUAUGGAAAUAUAUAAUUCUAUGGUUAUAUUUGAAUGACACAAAAAAGAUAAAAACACAUUUUUGUUGUCACUCUUUUGACACUGACCUCUGUUGAAUAUAUUCCACUGUCUUAAAAGGAAUUUUGAGAACCUGAAAUAUAAAUAUUUUUCAUACAAAUCCACAUUUUACAUGUAUAACAGAGAUGUAUAACUGAAUGAUUAUGCUACAUUUUCCUCAAACGAUUUGGCCAAAAGGUGCAGUGUUGUGUUCACAAUGAAAUAAAAGUAUUUACAACUAACAGAGAUUCAGAUUGAAUGAAGAACAAUGAGUAGGAUUGUUUGAGAGAAAUUAAACAAAAUGAUAUACCACCUAUACAGAUCUAGACUACAGGAUGUUGUAAAAGGGUCCAAAUGAAAUGUAUGUUGUUUGAUGUCGUGGGUUUAUCAAAUUUGAAGAGUGCAACAUACCUAACCUAGUUGGUACUUAACACAGAACGUGCUGUGUGCUUAACAAGACAACAUUAAAGUAUAACACUUAGGUGAUAACACUUUUA